CCGGGCGGGGAGGAGGCGAGAGGCCGGGGAGGAGAGCAGGGAGGCAGCUCGGCAGAGGGGGACGGGACGGACCCGGCGCCCCGCGGGCCAUGCGCCUCCUGGCUACGGCGCUGGCCGCCCUGCUGGCCGCGGCCUCGGCCCCAGAUGUUUGUGAGGCUCUAAAUGUGACAGUCUCUCCUGGACCAACAGUGCAAUACUCGGAGGGGGAUAAUGCUACCCUUUACUGCCACGUUUCUCAAAAGAGAAAGACAGACAAUUUGCUGGCUGUGCGGUGGGUCUUCGCUGCAUCACCUACCCGGGAGCAUCUGAUGAUCAAAAUGACAAAGUUUGGGUCUGUCCAGUAUUAUGGAAAUUAUACUCAUCAUUUUCACAAGCAAAGACUGCAUCUUCUUAAAGAGAAACAUGGAACUAUGUACAAAUUUCUUAUUUUAAGCCUCCAGCAAACAGAUCAAGGACAUUAUAUAUGCAAAGUGCAGGAAAUUGGCAAACACAGAAAUAAGUGGACAGCAUGGUCAAAUGGUACAGCAGCUACUGAAAUAAGAGUGAUUUCGUCAAAAUCUUCUGAUCAUCCCACUUUCAAGAAAAAUCAGGAAGCUUGGAAGUUUUUUGGAGAUCUGUACGUGUACGCAGUGUUUGUGUGCUCCAUAGGAAUCGUCAGUGUCCUCCUUUUCACACUUGUCAUUCUCUGUCAGUCCCUUCUGAACAAGAGGAGAUCCACAGUGAAGCAUUACCUGGUGAAAUGCCCCCAGAACAGCUCUGGUGAGACAGUUACCAGUGUGACAAGCAUGUCUCCUCUACAGCCUAAGAAGGUAAAGAAAAAGAAAGAGAAAGAGAAAGAGAAACUGGAGCAGCCACCAGCCAUCCCAGCAAAAGCUCCAAUUGCCAAUAAUUUCCCGAAGCCCAAGCUCUUGAAACCUCAAAGAAAAUUGAUCCUGCCAAAAAUCGCAGAGGAGAAUUUAACAUAUGCUGAACUUGAACUGAUGAAGCCAAUUCAGGAAGCCAAAGGCAUUUCCAGUAUGACAGUCUACGCACAGAUACUCUUUGAGGAGAACAAGCUGUAAUAGUUCAUGCCUGUAUAAAUGUCCUUUGUCUGUGUUCUAUUUAAUUCUUGCUGUGCUGUUUAUUUAUAAAAAUCAUUCAAAUGUCCUUAUUUUUUUAUUUCCAUUUAUGCACUUCUGUUUUUCUAUGAGACUUUUAAACACAAUGUAGUUGAAAGUAGUCAUAGAAAAAGCAGCUGGUCAACAAGUGACAUCCCAGAGACAGCCUUCGUGGUGUUCUGUACCUCUGUUGGAAAUGGGCUGAAGCUCCACCCGGGGCAUUUUGAGCACUAAACAUUAUUCCUUCUUUACUGCUGAUAUGAUGAGUCCAGCUGCAAGUGUCAGUAUCUUAGCAAGCGUCAGGAGGACAAGCAGCAGGAUCCAUGCCCAUCAACCUGCUGGUGAAGGAGAAGACCACUGACCAGGAAAAUGGCCACUUUAAUGCAUUUUGCCCCAUCAGAAAAAUAAUAACCCAGUAAAGCUGAGACUUUCUGCUACAGCCAAGGAAAAGCUAAAAUUACUUUUUCUACUUCUUUUCCCCUUCUUCAGAAAUAGUUAAAAGGGUUUGUGUUCUAUAUUUUCAAAUUCCCUUUCUAAAUGACAUUGUCUUAAAAAACUUAUGCUACUUUUAGUAUGGUGUUUGAAAUAAAAUAUUUCAAAAUAAUAUGAAGGAAACAUUUAUAGUUAAACUCCCAUGAUUUGAGGAAGAAUAUCCAUAGCUUGGGAAUAUCUCCCAGGAUUUGAUUUUUUAAAAUUCGGAUUGAGAAUAGGAAAACCUUGUUAGUGAGUAAAAAACUGAGAGAACCAGGACACUGCUUGUGGUCUUGGUUCAGUUUGGUAUUUCCAAACCUGCAAAAGUUUCCUCCUGUAGCCUGCACCAAUAAGCUGCUGAUCUAGAGGGAAAAAUUACACAGCUUCUCCUUCAGUAUGGAACAGACUCUGUGAAGCCCUCCUGACUUUAGAGUUAUUUCUUUGGAAAGACCAGGGCUCAGGAGAUAGGGAAAUGGGCCUAAUGUCAGGACACAAAAUAACAUUCCUUUUUCUUUACCUCUUGAUAACUGAGAAGGCAUUAUUCCUUUUCCUUUGAUACAAAUUCAUGGGAAAUGAACUAUUCUGUGACAUCCUGGGUAUUUCAGUCACGAAGAGUAGCUGGACUGAUGUUCUCAAGCUCAUGUAUCUUCAGUGUCUAAAUUUCCCCAAAGCUCAGUGAUAAUUUGAAUACCUAACAUCUUUCAGCUCUUGGGAAGAUUUAACCCUUGAGUAACUGUGCAAUUCAUGGAGAUGUAGAGGCCUGGGCUCUUCAGGUCACCAUCAGGUCACGGAGAGCCGAUACUUGGCACGUGCCAGACCUUCUCCAGUCGUGUGAGGGAGCCCCAUGACAGGCUGCUCAUCCAGCAGUAUUUAAUGUGGAUUUUGGAGUAGCACUCCUUGGGCUCUGGAGUCAUAACUAACAUGGCCCAAGUUGCUUCUUCCUUUACAGGUCACAGGCCUUUAGUGACAGAACAGCUUCUCACCAGGGCUCAGAGCACAGCUGGGAAUCACCACAGGAACACUCGUGCCCUUGUUCCUGUUCCGGCGUGGGAGUGCAGGAGAGGAGGGUGGCGGGACAGUCAAGGGUGGGGACAUGCAUCCAAGGACAACCAUGUGACAAAGCACAUCACUGCCUUUUGGAGGGGUUCACCAGAAUAAGCGAGUCUGUAUAAACUGCUUUUUAACUUUUUCGAACAGUGGUAGAGAUUAGGCAGCACACAAUCUGCUAUUGUCUAGCCAGGAUCUGUAAAUAUAAAAUGCAGUCAUCUUCUUCCACAUUGGAUAAAAAUCUCUUCUAUAAAAAGGUAUUUAGGAAAAGCUUAUCAGGCUGGCCAUUAUGUACAGUACUAAUUCCAAUUCUAUUUCUUCAUCAAAACAAUUCUUUCCAAACUAAGGGCAGCUUUCAAAAAAAAAAAAUUGUUAGUAAUUAUUUGCAUUUUUAAUGUUUGCAUUUGUGAGUUGUCAAAAAAUAUGUUUCAUCUUUGCAUUAUUCCAGGAUUUAAUCACCCACCAAAAGGGCAUGGUAGCUUUCCUUGUUCUCUAAUCAGGUGCUGGACUUUCAGUGACAACAGCAGUCAGCUCAUUGACCAAAACCAAAUUGGUGCUAAUGAGUGAUUCAAAAUUCAGGGAUCAAUUUUGAAACAGCCAGUUUAACUGACUAUUCAGAAAGGACAUCUGUAAUGCAGACAGCUGUUCAAAAGGCCUUAGAAAAAUAUAGAAUUUAUUAGUUGCUACUUUGGAAUUUAAAAUCCUAACACAUUAAUGAUUUGAUCACUUAGCUGUGAAAACUUUCAGAUUUGGUUACAUUUCUUUUGCAUAGAACUGGCUAUUGUGCCCAUUAUUCUGAAGAAUCCUCUACUGUAUAUUUAUGCCCAGCAUGUUAAUGAAUACCAUUCUUGAUGUAUUAAUAUCCUAUAUAUUCCUGUUUAUGUUUGAUAUCUAAUUCCCCAAAAUAAUAGUUAAUAGAACUGAAUAAAUUACCUUUUUUUUU